AUGUCAGACUUUGCAACAGUGGCACCGCCUGCCCUGUCCGCACUUUUCGCCACCGCAAAGCAGGCAGACGCGCAAAAUUGGGGGUCUUCGGCAGAGCGAGGCGACUGUGGCCCACCACGUCGUAACUGCCCACCAGGUCCACCCGGUCCACCUGGUAUACCUGGUAAGCCUGGUAUCGUUGGUGAAGAUGGUGCUAUAGGGCCGCCUGGUCUUGCCGGGCUUCAAAAUUUUCUGAUAAAAUGUCCUCCUGGACCACCAGGUUUCCCCGGAGUUUCGGGUUCGCCAGGACCUGCUGGGCGACCUGGACAGCCAGGCAAAAGAGGAGCAGCUGGCGCUGAUGGAGAACGAGGUGAACGUGGUGAUCCAGGGUAUCCGGGAGAACCUGGAAGGAGUGGGCAGAGUGGCAUGGAUGGUGCACCAGGACGAGAUUGUUUCACAGGCAUCGGCAUCCCAGGUCCUCCUGGGAGACAAGGGCGACAAGGUAAACCGGGAAUGCCCGGUAGACCUGGUGCAAUGGGUGAGCAGGGAGAGCUCGGUCAAGAUGGUAUCCAAGGAAACGCUGGCUUGGAUGGAACACCUGGAAUGCCCGGUGAAAACGGGCAGCAUGGUCCUGCGGGAAAUCCUGGCGAUGAUGGCGGUUACUGUGAAUGUCCUGAAAGGAGGAAGAAGAGGCAGCGUAGAAGGCGUGCGUAG